UUGAGUUUAUUCGCAAAAAUUUCGCUGUCAGAAGUCACUUCAAAUUUUGUCAUAGUCUUAGGCAAACUUGACAGUACAGCCUCGUUUUUUAACUGUGCUUAAUAAUUCGUCAUUGCAAUGGGGUUUACAGAGUUUCGAAUAAUUUUAGACAGCCCGAUUUAUUACGCCGGGCAAACUAUCACCGGAAAGUUAAUAGUCAAGUUGAAAAAACCGAAAAAAUUAAAAGGACUCUAUUUAAAAUAUUUUGGAAAAGGAACAGUUCAGUGGACCGAAGGUUGGGGUACUUCAAUGGUCACAUUCUCAAACGAGGAAAUUUAUCUCAUGGAAAAUCAGCUGAUUUUCGGAAACGAAACCGGGGAAUCGGAACUUUCGGAGGGCAGACACGUGUUUAAUUUCAAUUGCCAACUCCCCAAUGACCUACCGUGCAGUUUUGAAGAAGUUUUUGGAAAAAUUCGAUACUCGGUUAGGGCUACGAUCGAUCGACCUUGGAAAAGUGAAUACGUCGUCAAAGAGCGUUUGACAGUGAUGUCAAUUUUUGACUUGAACACUUGCGCUCUGGCUGGAAAUCCAUUUACGAGCGAAAACAGCAAGACCUUCUGGGGACAUCCGAACUCGCUCUCAAUGACAGCGAAAAUUCCUGUCCGUGGAUUCGUACCCGGUCAAACGAUCCGCAUUAAAGUGACCUUGAGAAAUAGGACGGACGUUCAAGUGAAGUCUUUAUCUACAAGUUUGAAACAGAAUCUGGUUUUUCACUCACCUAGGAAAUCUAAUCCUUCUAAACUCUCGCUUUUUAAAACCGACCAUCCUAUCGACAAUGGUUACGGAGAUAGGGAGUUUGUCGUCAACGUCCGUAUUCCAGCGUUACCACCUUCGUAUUUACAAUUUUGCAAUAUAAUUGACCUGAGAUACCAACUGAAUGUGUACGCUAACGUCAGCGGGGUUCAUAGAAAUUUAAAAGUUCCGAUGGAAAUCAUCAUCGGUAACGUACCACUCAUGACGUACGAAACCCCAUGUUCUGGGGGUAGAAUUAUUCAAGCGCUCAUCAAUCCUGGCGACUCGUCCUGCAGCGGUAUUUCAUAUUCAACGGAACCACCUCCUUAUUCCGUCGUCUUUCCCGGUGCCGUCGACUACCCGGAUUUCGAGCCACCAAGCUACGAGCAAAGCGUCAGUAGACUCGCAUUACUUGAAAACGAAGAUCAGCCCGAAAAUUCUGAAGCGGAUGGCAGGGGAAGCAAUUUUUCACCUUUGUAUCCCGUAUACGAAUUCGGAACCGCCAAAUGAAUAUGACAAACAUAGAUGCUCCAAAAGUCCAAAAUAUUUUUGCUGCAGUCAUUCGAUUUUUGUUUAGCGGUAGUAUCUCAUUUUUCUCUUCACCUAGUUUAUUCGAAAAAUCUUUUAACUCGAAAAAAAAGGUUUUUCCAUAGAAAUCGGUUACGAACAAUUGAAAUCUCGAUCAUUUUCUAUCAUCGAUCAAGAGAGCAGAGUAUGAGCAAGUCAUCUUCUUCCGUCACCUGCAACCUUGUUAAAAUCCAUACGGAGUUACUUUUACCUAUAAAACAAAUACUCUUGAUAAUCGACGAAUGUUUAAAAAUUAGUUUUCAAUAAAGCCAAACAGUCUUUUCAUACGCAGAUGAAACGGAAGUGGCUAUUUGUAUAUUUCCCGGUAUAUUUACUACGCAUGUAGCUGCGUAGGUAGAAAGCAAAAGUAUUCGAGAACCAAACUAUGUGUACAUAAAGCGUAAAAAUGUGAAAGUAAUACUGGCGGCGGAGGCGAGGAAAAACGUGUUCACCCUGCGGUAGAAUAAAUUGGACCUCGUGUGUUUACGCGAUGGUGAAAUUAAAAUUCCUCAAGUGUAGCAAAGCAGUCCAGGCGGGAACGGAAAGAGGGGCGGGGGAAAAAGUGGUAACGGGAACGGAAACUGGAAUGGCAAGCCGAAGGAGAGUUGUGCUUAAUUAAUGACCGGACUAAUUAAAAGCACGAAGAAAAAUAUUCCGAAGUACUCCGACGCCGCUCUCCACACGCCUGCCGCACUGCAACCCUCCACAAGGGUAUUUUAAAAGUGCUGCGUAUAGAGUAAAUUAAUAAAUGCACGAAUCGA